AUGUCGUCAUCCUUGAACUUCACAACGCGCCAGUUAGACGUAAAGCUCAAUCUCCACGGCUUCCAAAUCAAUCUUGACGACCUCCAGAAGUCAAUCAAAAGCGCACUCGAGAUUAUGUCAUCGUCAGACAGCCUGGCUCUUCACUUGAACGAGCCUCUAGAAGCGCAAACUAGCCUCGAAAUACUCAAAGUUGAUUUAUUUGAGGGUCGUGAUCCGCGAGUGGAGGAGUCCAGUGGCACUGGCAGCAGAAGUCCUCCAAGCAUGGUCACCUGGAUGCAGCUCAUCCAGGAAGUCCCUGCUGACGCUUUCACAAGAGAUUCAUCGUCCAAUGUUCUAUACAGUUGUCUUUAUAAAGGGAAGAUUGUUAAGGUCCUCGAAAAGGAAAAACAGAAAAUAAAAACCCUUCAACAGGUUUUCAUCAGAGAACUGCGUGCACCUCCGUCUCCGCAAGACAUCCGCAAAGAGGAAGAAGUAACAACAAACCUGCUAUCAAGCGUAAAUAAUACGACUCAAAUCCUCCAGGGGGAGUUUCCCUUUGAAUCAACCCGGGCACGACGCAGAAGGCCUCGGCAAAUUGAGGUGCAUGUGUCGGAUGAGAGAAACUCCAUCCCUAGCCCACGCAGAAGGCUCCCGUCAAUUGAGGUUUCGACUGAGGAAAACUGCAUCCCUCGAUCCGCUGAAGAGUUAGCGAGGGGUGAUAUGAUUCUUGCUGCAGCCCGAGAUGCGGGAACACUGUGGCCAGCCGUGGCCAAUGAGUACGCGGAAAUUUUUCGCGUGAGGCGCAGUCCCAAUUCUUUGAGUCGAUUCCUCAACAUAUACAGGGCAUCUUUGCGGCAUGAGCAUCAGCCACAAGUUCAAGUUACUAGUAGGUCUGAGAUCCGGGUGUCUACCAACAGAAAUUCCAUCCCACUGAGACCUAGAGAGAAGAGAGAGGGUGGACCAUUUGUUGAAUCUGCAUUACGCGUAGGUAAUGAUUGGGAUACUGUGUGCGACGAUUACUCAGUAGAGUUUGGGGUCUGGCGCUACAAGUGGGUUCUUGGGCUUCUUCGCAACAGAUAUCUCAGAGCAAUAGCCAGUUCAGAGUGGGAUGGGACCAGUUUUGGGAGUUCCCAGGUGAUUCCUGAUGUCCCUUCAGCUAACGUUCUCAUUGGUGUUUCGAGAGAAGUUGCAAAUUCCGAAGAAGAGACGCAUUGGGUUGAGAUGCAAGAAGAUGAAGAGGAGGAAGCUGAUAAUUGGGUUGAUGUCCAAGAAGAGGAUACUCCUAUGGCAGAUAUUUCAAUUCGCCACUCAGUCUAA